GUCGCACCAGCGUGUGACUGCGCGUGUCCGUCGCGCGUCGCCUCGUGGUUUCAUUCGUAUUUUAGGCGGUAGGACCUAGCGGAUCCGGUCUCCCGUAAUACGCUCGUGCCCAGAGGUCAGCCAAGUACUCUCCCUAUCUUCCGACCAAAUGACGAGAUGCCGGCUGCUCUAUUUUCUCCUAUUAACGGCCCUAAUGAUAAGCACAGAAGCGGCAAAGGGCGGCGGUGGUAGAGGGAGAGGCCGCGGCCGAGGAAGAGUGUUCGGCUCGCGAAUGCACAUCCUGAUACCUAAUCGAAAUCCUGCCAGUACGCACUAUUACGAGAACAAGGAUGGUGCCAAGAUCGUGAAGGCGUCCCACUUCGAGCUGGAUUACAUGCUGGGCAGAAAAAUCACGUUCUUCUGCAUGGCGAUCGGUGUCCCGAGACCGGAGAUCACCUGGCUGAAGGACGGGAUCGAGCUGUACCAUCACAAAUUCUUCCAGGUGCACGAGUGGCCCGUGGGUAACGACACGAUAAAGUCGAAAAUGGAGAUCGACCCUGCGACGCAGAAGGACGCCGGAUAUUACGAGUGCCAGGCGGACAAUCAGUACGCAGUCGAUCGUCGGGGCUUCAGAACGGACUACGUCAUGAUCUCGUAUUAAAACGUCGUCUUCUCGAGUAACGGUAGCUCCGCGAUCGCCAUAGUAUUAGAACGAAAUAAUUAUCCAGUGCGAAAAUAGAUAUAGACAUUUGUUAUUGAUUUGCUACAUAUAAUAGAUUUUUACCUGAUAAGUAAAUUUAAACCCAAUAAUUAUUGUUAGUUACUGAUCGAGAUAGCUCCUAAUCUAAAAAUUGAUAAGCGAAACAGGUCAUGAUAUUUAAGAGAUCAGUUGAACUUUCUACGUGGCUCGGCGACGUAAAGAUUAAGGUCAUAACAAUUUGUCUUUUUUUUCUUUCCCUCUGACGCGAGCAAAACAGACCUCUUUCAGAUCGUCAGUGGGACCUGCAAAGAUAUAAAUGUAAAUCCGGCGGUUCCCUCAAUUCAUUAAAGCGCGAUUAACUGUUAUAAGGGGUAUGCGACGCGAGGAAUAUAUCGAAAAUGGUCCAUUACUGCGAAUUUAACAAGGCAAUUGCAACGCGCCCCGCGCGAAAGUGGCAUGGAAGGGCAUGCAUCGCUGCGUCGCCAACGCGACAAUCUGUAGCACAUUGUGAAAUAAACAAUUUUGCAUGAGUAUACUAA